ACAACGACGCGUGCGUUUCCUCCUCCGCCUCCGCGCCCUCAGUUAGCUCGUCGUUCCUUCCCUCUCCAUCCGCGCAAUGGAGGCGGCUCUAGACCUAGACCUCGGCGGCGCCGGGCCAGAGGAGACGUGGCGGCGGCGGCCCAAGACGAAGAUAGUGUGCACGCUCGGCCCCGCCUCCCGCUCCGUGGAGAUGUGCGCGCGGCUGCUCCGCGCCGGCAUGUGCGUGGCGCGAUUCAACUUCUCGCACGGCUCGCACGAGUACCACCAGGAGACGCUCGACAACCUCCGCAGGGCCAUGGAGCUCACCGGCCUCAUAUGCGCCGUAAUGCUAGACACCAAGGGACCAGAGAUCCGCACGGGUUUUUUGAAAGAUGGCAAACCCAUUCAACUGAAGAAGGGGAAAGAGAUUACUAUUACCACGGAUUACUCCAUAAAGGGUGACGAGAACUUGAUUUCCAUGAGCUACCAUAAGUUGGCUAUGGACCUAAAGCCUGGGAGCACUGUACUGUGUGCUGAUGGCACCAUAACACUCACAGUGCUUUCUUGUGAUCGUGAGCAUGGACUAGUUAAGUGCAGAUGUGAGAAUUCUGCCCUUCUAGGAGAGAGAAAGAAUGUCAAUCUUCCUGGGGUCAUUGUUGAUCUCCCAACACUAACAGAAAAGGACAAGGUGGACAUCCUGCGGUGGGGUGUCCCAAACAAGAUUGACAUGAUCGCACUCUCCUUUGUGCGUAAAGGAUCAGACCUUAAGCUGGUCCGAAGUGUGCUUGGUGAACAUGCCAGGUCGAUUUUACUCAUGUCAAAGGUCGAGAAUCAGGAAGGUGUCGCUAACGUUGAUGAGAUAAUUGCGAACUCAGAUGCUUUCAUGGUUGCAAGAGGAGAUUUGGGAAUGGAGAUCCCGAUUGAGAAGAUAUUCUAUGCUCAGAAGGUGAUGAUUCAUAAAUGUAAUAUGAAGGGAAAGCCUGUUGUCACUGCAACACAAAUGCUUGAAUCAAUGAUUAAAUCCCCUCGUCCUACACGAGCAGAGGCAACUGAUGUUGCCAAUGCUGUCCUAGAUGGAACUGACUGUGUGAUGCUCAGUGGUGAGACUGCAGCAGGGGAAUAUCCAGAGUUAGCAGUGAAGACUAUGGCAAAUAUCUGUUUAAAAGCAGAGUCAUACCUAGACUAUCCUUUCAUUUUCAAGAAACUCUGUUCAGAAGCCCCAGUCCCUUUGAGCCCACUGGAGAGUUUGGCAUCCUCAGCUGUUCAGGCGGCCAAUGGAUCCCAUGCUUCACUCAUCUUGGUUCUCACAAGGGGUGGUACAACUGCAAGGCUUGUUGCAAAGUAUAGACCGGCCAUGCCUGUGUUGUCUGUGGUUGUCCCAGAGCUAAAGACUGACGACAGUUUUAACUGGGUUUGUAGUGAUGAGGCACCCGCGAGACACAGUCUUAUCGUCAGAGGCUUAAUUCCAUUCUUGAGCACCGUCAGCUCGAAGGCAUCGGAUGCUGAAUCCACUGAGGAAGCUAUCAACUCUGCAAUAGAUUAUGCAAAGAAACUUGGUAUCUGCAAUUCAGGAGAUUCAGUAGUUGCAUUGCAUCGUGUCGGCGGUUAUUCCAUGAUCAAGAUUGUGACUGUCACCUAGUUCCUUCCCGUCCAUCUCUGAUACUUGUAAGGGUAGAAUGCCGAUGUUGGAUAUUUGCAAGGGCAAAUUUUGUUAGAGGUUAUUGACCCUUGCUACCGUUAGCUAAUCUUAUGUCAGUUUAGUCCAAUAUCAGUUCGAGUCCUUGAGCCCUAUAUACUAUGCUCAGCUACACUGCAUUUUGUUGGCUAAUCUUAUGUCAGUUAAUUCCUAUAUAUUUACCUUUUUUUUUCUAAUCUCAUGUUUUAUUGAGUCAUAUGUACUUCUUUUUGAUCUCGUGUCCUAUAUGCUUCGUUUUUAGACGUUUUGUUAUGGGAUCAUUGCUUAAUGAGGUUGGUGCGUUCCAUUUUGUUCUAUGCCAUGCCUAUAAGCCAAAAAAAAU